CGUUGACCCACGUGAUAGGAAAUGCGAUGUAAAGCGGUUGAUGACCGGGCAUAGUCCAAUUAUAAGCUCGGCGAUGGAGUCAUUGGUCUGGGAUACCUGUUAAUAUUGGGCUGCGCGGUGUCGGGAGAGACGAAUGGACGACUCCGACCUGGACUUCACCGACCUUUGCUCUAAGCUUCUGAAGAGAGUGCGCAAGAAGGAAAAAGGAGAUUCGGGGGACGAGCGGAGGAAAGAUGCGAGUCAAAACCUGACACAGAAUACAGAACCGGCGCCCUCCCAAAGCAAAGACUCGACCAAAAGAAGAAAGGCUAAACAAGAUGCGGAGUUGGCUACUUGGAAACAACUGGACUGCCGCUCAGCCGGCGCGUCCCAGUUCAACAGCUCGGCUGGGGAGGGGAGCACAGGUCAGCCCUGUACCUCCGUGGCUGUUCCUCAGACGUCAAGCUCUCAAGCAGCUGUUGAGCCUGGGGCAGCGGGACUGAGUUUGGGAGCGAGGCAGAAUGGGCACGUUAAUUUGAGGGCAAAGGACAAGGUGGUAAGCAGAAUGCAACAGUUUAGAUGGGUCAGUCCACAGAAAAUGACGCACGUGGAGAAUGACCACCCCGAGAGAAUAGCGCUGGACGCUGAGGACAGGACCGCCCAAUCCGCAGCGCCGCAAGCAGUAGAUCUGCUGCAGGGGCCCCUCGGGGAUGAGGCCCUGGCCCUCAGACUGCAGGAGGAGUUGGACCAGGAGGCCCGGGGCCCGGGGGAGCCGGUGGACCUGGAGCAGGGCGGCCUGUUCUUCUGCCAAAUCUGCCAGAGGGACCUGUCUGCCUUGAGCCCCCUGCGCCGCACCCAGCACAUCAACAGGUGCCUGGAUGAGAGCGAGGGGAGUGGCCCGGCCGCCCCAGCCCCGCCCGCCGUCCCAGAAUGCCCCAUCUGCGGGAAAAUGUUUAAGUCCCAGAAGAGCCGGGCCAGCCACCUGAAGCGCUGCUCGGCCGAAAUGGGCGUGGCCCCCGCUCUCCUGCUGCAGGCCCUGCAGAGACAGGCCACUGACACCGCCAGCGACUCUGCAGCCAAUCAGCCCCCCCCAGCUGGUGGCUCCAAGCGGAAGGGCUCUUCAGACCCCCUUCGGCCCCCAAAAAAGAGACAGAGGAAGAAGGCCCCGCCCCUGGACGAGGACACCAUGGUGGCGCUGGCCCUGUCUCGCUCCAUGGUGGAGCAGGAGAGAGAGAGGGACAGGGAGGCCCUGCUCGCUCCUCCUGCUGCUGACACUCUGAGCUUACAGUGGAGAGCUGAAGCUGGUAAGAGGCGGGGCCAGAAGAAGGGGCGUCCCCCAGCCCCGCCCCCUCUCCUCCUGGUCCAGGAGCCGGGCGAGGCCCUCAGGCGUCUGCAGGACCGGGUCUCGGCCCUCCUGCUCCGCACCCGCAACCCCGCCCCCCCGACUCCUCCCCGGCCUGCCUGCACCCUGCCGGGCUGGAGUGGCACUGCCCCCCUGUGGCAGAGGAGUGCACUGCGGGACACACAACUGGGCUCAGCUGAGGAGUUCUACACCCCCGCUCUCUGCCCCCCCGUCCAACCCUGCGCCCCCACCACGGAGAAGGUGACCCCUCCUACCCAGGCUGUGGUGUUUGCCCCAGCUGAGCCCCCCCUCCCUGCCCCUUCCACCCCAGGCGUGGGCAGUCAGACCCUGGGUGACCUCAUGGACCUGGCAGAGGAGGGCCUGACACUCACCCAGUGGGGCUACGCCCCCAAACCUGACUGUGCCCCCACCCUCGAUCCCACAGAGGACAGAGACCCUGGUGUGGCCGAUCUGCAGCUCAGUGGAUUUCUCCCAGAGAGACCACAUACCGCCUCAGCAUCCAGCAACACCGGGGCAUUGUCCAGGUUGACCGCAGACCUGAGCACCAUGGUGAACAACCCACAGCUGAGUGAUGUUCAGCUGCAGGUGGACAGCGGGGAGGUCUUCUUCGCACACUCCUUCAUGCUGUAUGCGCGCUGCCCCCUACUGGUGCGGAUGGUGCAUGACUCGGGGUUUGGUGUGGAGGAGGAGGGCAUGCCCAGCGCCCAGAGGGUGUUGCUGGGAGACGUGUCCCCUGAGGCAGUGCGGGUUCUGCUGCAGUACCUGUACUGCGCCCGCUGCCCCCUCACGCCCAGCCUGCUGCCACACCUGCAGGAUCUGGCUCUCAGGUUGGAUCUCGGGGAGCUGCUGCAGGUGUGUCAGAGCUACUCCGGUGGAGCAGCAGUGAGGCAGUGGGCGGAGUCUCGGGAGCCGGAGCGGAGGGAGGAAGAGCAGGAGGAAGAGGAGGAGUGCGGGCAGCAUAAAUUCCUGGAGCUGCUGCGCUCCAUGUGGGAGGAAGAGGAGGCGGAGGAAGGGGGAGGAGGAGACGGAGAGGAGGUGGAGGGAGGUGCAGAGGGGAGGGUGCGUGAGGAGGAGCUGCAGGAGAUUUACGAGUUCGCCGCCACGCAGAGGAAGACUGUGAUCGAGGAGGAGGAGGAGAACGCUGCCAUGGAGACGGAGGAGGAAGAGGAGGAGGAGAGGAAGAACGUUGCCGUAGAGACGGAGGAGGAGGAGGAGAGGAAGAACGCUGCCGUAGAGACGGAGGAGGAAGAGGAGGAGGACAGAGAGAAGAGGGAAGAUGGCUUGGCUCGGAUGGCUUCCCGUCGCCUUAGCUACUGCCCCGCUCCACACGGUGCUCGCUCACAGACCAAGCGUCCUGAUUGGCCCAGCACCAGUCACAUGACCCAGGAGGACUCCGAGGCGGAACAGGCUGUUCGCAGCGGGCCAGUGGGGGCGGGGGCGGACGGGACGUCCCAGUCCAGCCCGGGACAGAGGUCCCACAGCAGCCUGGACCGGAGCUACGAGCGCCUCUUCUCCCAGACCUGGGGCGACUACAUGGAGACGUCCCACCAGCGGAGCCACGGGGAGCUCAUAGACCUGUCCAUCAGCCCUGUCCCUGACCCCCGUGGCCCCACCUUCCCCACCGCGGGCGAGUCCCCCGGGACCCCUGCCCUGCUGCAGGAGAGCCCCGUCCUGCUACAGGAGAGCCCCGCCCGUCUGCAGGAGAGCCCCGCCCGUCUGCAGGAGAGCCCCGCCCGUCUGCAGGAGAGCCCCGCCCGUCUGCAGGAGAGCCCCGCCCGUCUGCAGGUCAGCCCUCCCCGGGCCCGGCCCGAGCCCGUGCUCAUCCAGCUGUCCGAUUCGGGAGAGGAGCAGGACACAAGCCCCCCGCAGCGGGCCCUGUCCAGCCCCGGGGACUGCAGUGCGGAGAUGUCCUGGCUGAUCCCCGGGACCCCGGAGCGUGAGCCCAGGGCCACGCGGGUCAUGUCCACGCAGACGCACUGCAGCAUGCGCCGCACGCGCCUCGCUGCCCCCGGGGCCCGCCUCUCCCCCCCUCUCUCCCGCCCCCCCGCCAGCGCCCCGCCCACUCCCGCCACCGACCCCGCCCACAGCCUCAGCAGCCACACCCCCAUAUCCACAGCCCCGCCCAGACAGCCGGGAGGCCCCUUCUCCGACCCGGCCCGCCCCAAACCCCCCGCCCUGUCCCACCCCCCUGACCCCUCCUCCUGCCCCAGCAGCACCUCCCUGGGCCGCCCCGUCCCCAGACGCUCAGAGCGCCCCCUGCAGCCUGUAUCCUGCAGCGCAACCCUGCGUCUCCGCCUCUCCAGCUCCUCCCCCCCGUCUCCGUGGAAACGCAGCAGUCCCGAGGAUGAACGAGGGGAGGGAGGAGUGGAAGAGGAGGGGGCGUCACCCCCUCAGAUGGAGGACCCGCCCAUGGCCUUCGACGAAUCGUGGGGCCUGGACGCAGGAGGGCGGCGGGACCCGUGCUUCAGCCUCAGGUUAGACUCCAGCGCAGGGGCCAGCCUAUCAGAGCAGGGCUCAGCAGAGACCACGCCUCCUGCUGCUCCUCCGCCACUUUCUCCGUCGCCCGGCAACCAGGUCCACCCCUACACCAGCCUUCUGGAGUCGAAGAUCUGGGAGGACUGGGAGGAAGAGGAGGAUGGAGCUGUUCUUCCUCUGUCCCAGAGAGUCAGACAACUGAAAACUCCAGUGGCGUCACACAGGAAAGGCCAGGCCCCCCUGGUGCCCAUCACCCCCAUGCCUGGCUACUCCGACAUGGACACGCCCGAGCUGAAAAACAAGCUCAACAGGUUCGGGGUGCGGCCCCUGCCCCGCAAGCAGAUGGUGCUGAAGCUGAAGGAGAUCCACCAGUACACCCACCAGCUGCAGAGCUCCGAGUCUGAGGAGGAUGCCCCCACCCACAGGCCCCGCCCCAGCUCCGUUUCCACGGUGUUCAAACAGCCAGAGAGACCUGCUGCUGCGGAGGCGGGGCAUAAAGGCUCCUCACACAAAGAGGCGGGGCCAGAGGAGGAGGGGGAGGGGCUGUCUGCCUCUCAGGGGUCUACAGCCUCCUCUUCUGCAGCCAGUGAAGACUCAGAGAGGUGGAACCCGGAGCAGUGCUGGGACUCGGAGGGCUCGGAGAGUGAGGGGGUGACGGCGUCACAGGCGGGGGUGCGGGGGCAGGAGAAGCUGCAGGCGGUGCGGAGCCUCAUCCAGUCCGACCCGCUGCUCUACGGGCAGGUGCUGCGCUACCAGCCCCUGGUGCUGACCCAGCUGCAGGCCCGUCUCAGGGCCCAGGGCGUCCGCCUGGGCGCCGCCAAGCUGCUGGACUUCCUGGACUCCCAGUGCAUCACUGUCACCACCGCCAAGCCCGCCGGAUCCGCCGGGCCCCCCAGACCCCGCCCGGCCAGGGGCAGGGGCCGGGGCAGGGGCCGGGGCCGCGGGAGGGCGGGGGCUGCCAAGGCCUCCCACUGACCCAGUCAGGGCUCAAAGACAGGAUCACAGACCUGAAGAGAAUCCAAUCAGGACAGGAAAUGAAGUCAUAACAGUGGGAGCGUCUGCAUCCAAUCAGACGGCCCGCUUUAUCGCACUGCUUAUAACUGAUUGGUGUCACACCUGUCAGUCAGACGGCAGGGCAACAAUUCUGCUGGAAGUUCAGAGGAAAGCUAUGUGCUUUAAUGUUAAAUGACGGACAUAUCACUGUUUGUAUGUAAAACCCUUCGUGCAAAAUUCCCUGUAUGUAUUGUAAAAAGUGAUAUUUUCAGAUUUAAUCUCGAGUUUAGUGAUUUGCCUAAUUCAGUGUCACUUUCUAAUUUCAUGGUGAUCAGUUAUUGUGUGUCAGUUCUUGUUUUGAUGCAGUGUCUAAUUUUAUUAGACAUUUCAGAAUUAUGAAAUUAAAAAGAGCUCACAUUCUGA